AGUGCCCAAAUUUUGAUCACAUGACUGUGGAGAUACUGCAGAAGUUGCAAGUGCAAGAACUAGUUGUCACUUUUUUCACUUCUAUUGUAACUUCAAACACUCACUAAAAUGAAUGGUUGUAAAUUGAUGACCACUUAAACCAAGGAGAAUUAUGAACUCCUCUCCUCUGGAUGUCUGCUGGGAUGCUUUAAUGUGGAUUCCUGCAGGGAACUUCAAUGGCCCUUUAUCAUUCUAAGAAUACUGAAUGAGAAUCAGCCUGAGGAUGAUAGCAAAGGUUCUGUCUUCUGCAAAAGUAUUAUUAUAUACAAUUAUAUACUAUCAUUUAUAUUUUUCUUAAAGUUAUUCUUAUCAAGGACAGGGUGGGUACCAAAGCCAAGUGUAGCACUUGGCAACAGAACCUUCUGCUCUCCACCAAGACCACUAGCCAGAAACCAGGUUAAGCGUGUUGUGUGGACAUUUUGUUGUGAAGUUUUGUUUCAGCAAGCGGGGCGGUGUGAUUUUAACUGUUUUCUCGCCAAGGGAAAGGCUGAAAGGCAGAAACUGGGCAGCCGCCAGCGUAGCACCUUUGCCCAAGACUUUUGGCGGGAGGGGUAGCCACAGCGCGCGCCGCCAAGCAGCCCGGUCAUAUCGCUCUGCCUCGACGGCGGCGAUGAUUGACGGCGGCGUCCGUUGGAAAAAAGCCGAUUGGCCUCACGCGGGCCUUCCACCGUCCGUUGGACUGAGGGGGGGAGGCUGGCAGAGAAGGCGAACGGGCGCGAGGCGGCCUAGGUCUAGCGGCUCCCCGCAGACCGAGCCACCUCGAUGGAGGACCCACUGCUCUCGGCCGCGCCCAUUAACCCUAACAACUUCCCCGCCAAGCUGUGGCGCCUUGUCAACAGCCCGCGCUUCCGCUCCAUCCGCUGGGACGCCCGGGGCGAGGGACUCCUCAUAGACCAGCCCUUGUUCGAAGCCGAGCUCCUGGGCGCUGGCGGCAGCGGACUGGCCGUCGCAGUGGGAGGCGGCCCGGGGGGCGAUAGCGCCGGCCCUACCGGCGGCUCUUCAGUAUCUCCAUCUUCGUCGUCCACCUCCUCGCCGGAGUUGUUCAAGACAACCAAUUUCACUAGUUUCAUCCGGCAGCUCACUUUGUACGGCUUCCGCAAAGUGGUGCUAGGCCCGCCAGGAGGCAGCGGGGGAUCUUCGUCUGGUGGCGGAUCCACCGUAGGCGCCUCUGCCGCCGCCUCGGCCCCCGGCGGCCCCUUGCACCAUUUUCACAGCCCGCACUUUCGUCGCGACCGGCCCGAUCUCAUCUCAAAACUAGCUUCGCCGCAGUGUUGCGAGCAUCCCUCACUGCUUCUGGAGCCCAGGUUGUUCAUCACUGUAUCGAAUUUCUCAUUUUCCUCUCCAUCUUCAGCACCAUUGACUUUAGAGCAGGUUCAUCGAUCUUUUCGGCGAGACAGUUUAUCUCCUUAUUCCUAUCUGUCACCAUCAUCUCACAGCCAAAAUGCUUUUCCACUGAAAGGUUCCGAUCGGACUCCUUUUCCUCCCAGAACAUGGCAGAACUCUCUUGGAUUGCUCCCAGGUCAGGUGGAGACAUCAACUUUUUCAGACAAAGGUGUUCCAUUUCCUGUGCUACAGAGGUUCCCAACAGAAGUAACUUACACUCUGCAGCCCAGCUCUACAUCUGUACACAUUCAACAAGGGCCUCAGACAAUGGCCACAUCUUCCCAGAAAUAUACCAGUUAUGCAGCUUCAGCACCAUACUCUCAAGCUUACUAUCCAACAGCUGUAUUACAAUGUUGUUCACCACCUACCCACAUGGAUCCCCUAAGUGGUUGUGGUAGUCCUGCAGCCUCAAUCUAUACACACUGCAGCUAUUUUCAGAAUCCACCAAUGCAAUCUUCAUAUCCAGUUGAAUUUUUGCCUUCUAAUUGGUCCUGCAACACCUCUGAUGAAAACAAGAAGACAGAAGUCAAUCUAGAAGCUGUCUUCCAGAUUGUUGAUGAAAUGCAUUCAUCCCCAAAGCUGGAAAUGGUAAAAGUAGAACCAGUGGAGAACCAAUGUCCAACUUCACAGUCAAAUCGAAACCAGCAAUUAAUAGUUAAUUCAGGGAAUAGUGAUACAGCUUCUUCAGGUCAAACCAGCCACUUAGAACCUCUAACACCUGUAGGCUCAGAUAUCACAUCCUUUGUUGUAGAGUCUGAACAAGCUAUAGCUUGCUCCUUGCCACAGUCUCCAGAGUUUAUCUAUGCUAUUCAUACCACAGAACCUGUGGAGAAUACCACAACUCAAAUAGUGCAGCAGCCUACAGUCACACCACAAACAUCAGCAAAGGUCAAAGAACUGAAUCAGUCUUCUGCAGUGUCUUCCAUGGUAUUUGUUCAAGAGGAACUUCCAUUCAGUCAGACACAGGAGGAUCCUAAUAUAAAGUGUGAGACAAAUACAUCAGAGACUGUUGCAUCCUCAGAACAAAUUGGUUUCCUCAUUUCAGAAGUGGGUCCUCUCAGCAAAUGUGCCAAAGAUUCAGUUUCAUCCGUCCAAACCAAAUGCAGAGAAAGAAGGAGCAGUUCACAGAAGGGCAAAUCCCCUGAUCUACAUUUGCUAGUGGAUGUGGCUUGCAAGCAAGAGCAUUUUCCAAAGGAAGAAGAAUUAAGGGAGUGAGAAGUUGGUGGAAAGCAUGUACAAAUGCAGAGCAGUAGCCAGCUGGGGAAGAGCAGUGGCUUUCAUUCCAGGAAUAUUUUGGGGACUGAUAUGACAAAUAAAACUCUCUUCCAUUGCUCAUUUUUGUUACACUUGUAAAUAAUCCCACCACUGUUUUUAAUACACCCCUUUAAUAGGUUUAAAUUAUUUUUUAACCUGUUUCAUCUAAUUAAUAAACUUAUUUGUCCAAAUCUGUUAAAAGUGAAAAAGCUGUAUUUCAAACAGCUGCCACAAAUGUCCCCAUAGGAUUGUUCAAAUUUCAUUUCAAGACUGUUUAUCUCAUUUUCUAGUUAAUUACACAACAGGUUUUUUAUUUCUUCAUUUGUUCCAUCCAUAAUAGCUGCUGGAUAUUUUAUGUUAAUGGUACAUUCUUGUGUUUUAAUAAUUUCCUCAUUCUAGGCCAAUAUAAAACAAAUGUUAAGACUUAUGUUGUUUUAUUGCUUAGCUUAAAUGUCUUUGCAAGCUAUUUAACUUGUUCAAUAUGAUUAUAUUUACUGACAAUAGAUUUUAAAGAGUAAUGACUUUGUACUCGAAUGUAUUUAUGUUGUAAUUAGAAUGCAUGCAAAUGAUGUAGCAUGACGAGAAUGUGUUUUAAGACUAUUUUGAUUUCCCAGAACUUUGAAAAAUGCAUAAGGAUAUACUUCCCAAAAAACUCAGAUCAGAAAGAUCUUUUAUUCAGUUGACUUUCUGCAAUUUCUAGAUUUCUUAUAUCCAUUAUCUCUCAAUGAAAGGCAGGAUGAACCAAGUCAACCACACAAACUCAGCUAUAGCCUUAUAUUGAUUUGUAGGACAGUAACGUAUUAUUUCUUGCAAAGCUUCCAUUGCUUUGAUAUACCGAUUAUUUUGAGAUAACUCCAAUCAAUUGUCAGAGGCUCCAUUUGUCCAUCUAUAUACAUUCAGUCUAAUUGUAAGAUAAGAAAAUUAAGUGAAAAAUAAAAUGUUACACAAGCAGGGAGAAUACUUAGCAAAGUCUCUGAAUUUAAAAAAUGGUAAGAGAUGCUUGUAUAUCAGUCCUGACUUAAUUUAAAAAUAGGCAUUUAGUUCAGGCCUGUUGCAGAUUCAAAUAAAUGUUGCAAAUGAAGCUCAUUCUUUAUCAUACCUGAUUGGACUACAGAAAAUAUUUGUAUUGUAGCAUAGCUUUAUUAAUAAUUCAAAAUUAUUAAUAAUGAACAAUUAAAUGGGCCUAUAUUUUUAAGGCUCAGUCUGGAAAUGGCGAUAUUUAUAUCUUUACAUCUGUCUGUAAACUAACUGAAAAAUGAGGCCAAGGAGCUGGAUCUCCUACCAUAUUUAUAGACUCAGUUAUUUGACUCUUAAGCAUUUGUACAAAAGAAAAAAUAUUGAAACUGGCAAAAGAGAAAAUAAUAUUCAGACUAUUGAAGAAAUCUCUACAAUAUUUCUUGAUGCUAAUACUCAGCAUAACUCUAUCUGGAACAACCUUCUCAGUACUUUCACAGUUUUCAGCUAAAAUGUAUUCUAUUAAUAAACAAUAAAAGGGAUUACUCCAAAGAAGUCCAGUGUUUACUAAUAGUGAUACUUGAGUAGGACUACCAGAUUUUCUGGCAAAAAUCCAGAAUAGACAGCAAAACAUAGGUUGAAUUUUCUGCAUCCAUAUCCUGUCAUCUAGUGGUUAUCUGGAUUUUUGCUGCUUAGAUCUUAUAGCCCUAUGAGAGAGUAAAGUAUUUGAUUUUCAUUUGAGUAAAAUUAAGUACUAAAUCACUACACGCUCAAAAGUGUACUAAAGUGAAAGGACAGUCUACACAGUCAUUUUUAACACUAUACAGUAAGCAAUUUAAAAGAAAAAAUUCGGGUAACAGCCUAGAAAUGGGAGAUCUUUAUUAUAAUAAAAAGAACAAAUCAAAACAUCAAAUAUCCAUAUUUCCUUCUUUUGUUUAAAGAAAAUUGAUUUUUCUCCAUAUCUAAAUAAAAUUAUUGCAAAACUGGUUUUUCGCAUGGAAUUCUGUACAUUAUUGAAUACUUGACUUUCUACUAACCUGAAUGUUGUACCCAGUGAAAUUAAACCACAUCCUAAAUUACAGCUUCAAAUGGGUAAUCUUGCUUUGAAGUUUCCUGUCUGGCCUGUGGUAUUACUCAUCCAGCUGAUGUCAGACGACAGUAAUAGCUGAAUUCCAGAUUUCUAAAAAUCAGCAUUACCUAAAAUCUCCCUUGCAGUGGCUAUUGGGAAAAAACAACACAACCAAAAUUAAUACUUGAAGAAAAGCUAGCUGCAGACUUUAGCUAUUCCAUUUAUACGUCAAUCCUAUGAAAUUACUGUAGUUCUAAUUUCAGUGUAAUUGAAAGUGUCAUACUGAAAAUCUUGAAACAAAGAUUUGCUGUUAACACAUUUGAUCAAAUUAUUUUCCUUUACCAUUUCUCUGUACAUAAUUCUUUGGAAAAAGCAGCAAGUGAAUCUUGCUCAUA